AUAGCCCCAAACAAACUACUAUGAAAAAAGUUAACUCUAUCCCAGCCAAAACCAGUAUAAGACCUUUAAAAGAAUCAGUUUCAUUUGAGAGUUUGGUACAGAACAAAGCCUGUUUUGUUUUGUUUCUGGUCUUGUUGGAUUUGAUGUUCCCGUUAGUACCAAUUCCCAAAUCUUUCUGAUUCUGAGUGGAAGGGCUUUUUUUGGUAACAAUUCAUCUUAAACAGUUUUGUAAUACUACUGCAUUUUAUUGGAACAAUCUUAGAUCAUCCAAAUCUCUUUACAUUUAAAGUUUGAGAGAACCCCAGCCAGAUAGUUCUUUUGCAAAGUGGUGAAAAACAGAAUGGUUAAGCUACAUGUACAGAGCUGGAUUUGAAGGUUAAUCAGAGAACUAUCUGGAGGAGUUGUAUCUAUGCAUCUCAUUGAACACAUGAAUAAAGAGAUUUUGUACGUAGAAAUGGAAUGUAAAGCAGACUGGGGUGUCAAUCAUACUAAAUAUCUCUCUGUUUUUCUCCCUUAGUAAUAGGUAUGUAAAUGUUAAUAUCACUAACUCAAGAAAGUCAUCAGCUUUUGUCCCAUUUUUCUUUACCACCUUUUCGUCUUCCUGUGCUCACCUUUGUUGUAUUAGGCUCAUUCAGGAAUUCGCUUGUGAGCAUGUUUCCUUUUUUCCUAAUAUCCAGAAGUAAUAUUGUGGCUUCGAAUAGAAGAGGCCAAGUAUAAGAAAUUAAUGCAGCUGUAAACAAUGAAUCAGCAUUUUGACUUCUGUGUGUCCUCUACCAUGGCAUGCUUGAUGUAUCUGAGCAUAUUCUAAAUAGUAAUGAAGUCAUUCUCCAUACCCAGGAAGUUAAGUAUCUCCAGUCAUAGAUGCUGUACCAGUUCUUGGACUGACAGACCCAAGACUCUGCUACUUACUGGAUGGAUUCCUCUUCAUUUACGCAGUCAUCAUGACAGCCCUUUUUGUGAAAGCAAAGCUUAGCCAAGCCUCUGAACCACAACUGCAACCAGGCCAGGAUGAUGUGUAUAAUAAACUGUCUCGUGGACACAGAGAUGAAUAUGAUGUUCUGGGGGCAAAGCGAGGUGCAGAUCCUGAGCUGGGUGGGAGACACCAGCAGAGAAGAAAGAACCCUCAGGACACUGUCUACACUUCACUGCAGAAGGACAAGAUGGGUGAGGCAUACAGUGAAAUCGGAAUGAAGGGAGAGCAGCAAAGGCGGCGAGGCAAAGGGAACGAAGGUGUCUACCAGGGACUCAGUACAGCGACCAAGGACACUUAUGAUGCUCUCCAAAUGCAGCCUUUGCCCCCCCGCUAAGUGGGAGUCACAGAUGGGAUGGGCAAGAGUAAGAGAUGCUCACCUGCUUUGGGGAGGAGAGGAGAGAAAGCCUUGUUCAUCCAAAACAAACGCUGUGUAUUUUCUCAGUGCAAAAACCUACUUUGGCUGGUGAGCAGAGGGAGUAUGUCUGGACUUGGUCAGUCCCUUCUCCCUUCCCUCCUGAAUCAUGUAACUGCAAGCUUUAGCUAUUAAAGUGUACAUAUCUGUAAAGUUGUUUCCAAUAGCAGUGGUUACUAGGCUGAUUUUUGUAAGAUUUGUGUUGCGGGACCAGACCACACCUACUAAACACAGCUGUUUCCGUAGCUCUUACUUGCCUUCCAGGGGUAUCAUGACAUGCAAUUAUGGUUUCAGUGGAUUUAAAGAACAUGUAAAGAUAGGGCUGUAGUUAUUUCCUGUAGUAUUUAUCUUAAGACUAUUUGACACAGGCCAGCUAAACUUUUUGCUUUAAAUUUACCUUUUAAAAACUGUUUCAGUGGAGGAUGACUUUUUUCUUUAAUUGUAAAAAGUGAAGCGAUGUUAGUGUAGUGAAGGACAGAGGCUGAAUGCCAGCUUUUCAAUAUGAAGAAAAAGAGCACUAAGCUCCAAGAAAAGAUCAAGCAAUGGCAUUGCCACUCAUCCAGCACCUGGAGCUAAACAAGAGCCAGGUAACCUGCAAAAGAGACUUCUCAGAAUGCAGAAGAUACCCCUGUUGCAAUGAAAACAAGGAGAAUGGACUCCAACAAAGAGAGUAAUACUGGAAAAGCCAGGAAAACUCACCCUGGAGAAUCCCAUUUGGCUGAAGAGUUUGGCUGGAACAUCUGCCCCCUCACGUUAGCAACAUCUGCAACUAUCACUGCAGAACACACUCCCCUUGUAAGAGCUGGUAUGGCAAUUCCGAUGUUAGAAACAGACCAAAACUAUCACUUCUGGGCAACAGAAACUGUACAAAAGCCAAUGUAAAUGCAGUUUCCAAAGCAGUCUAUCGUCAGUUUGCCUUUAAAAGAUGAUGCAGGGAUCAUUCCAAAGAGAUACUAGUUCAACAAUGUAAUGCAUUUUUUGCUGAAUUAAUAAAGUUAGCGUCAAAGACCUGUGUGUGCGUGUGCACAGUGAACAGCUGUGGAAAUGGUACAAGCCCAUUAAGCUGAUGCAUUCAGGCUGGCUGGACCAAUUUACACUCAGCAGCAUAAUCUUCUAGGCAAGCUGAGGAGGACAGUAUUCCCACAGGAGCUUCUAAAGACAUCCUGGGAGGUGGGAUGGGAUGUUGGAAAAAUGCUGUAAGCCCAAGGUAACAGGGACACUUGC